CUAAAAUUCCAGGUCACACUUGUCCUCUGUGAUUUCUCAACCUUUCCUUUCCUUAAACACUCGUCGGCAUCAUUUUCAACCUCAUUCGUCAUCGCACCCAUCGGUUAUCAUUGACGAUGAAAAAGCAAUACUACUAUGCAGUCAACGUGGGACGCAGUCGAGGAGUUUUCCAAACUUGGAAUGAGUGCAAAGAUCAGGUCCAGGGAUACCCGGGUGCCAAGUACAAAAAGUUUGAAACUUUUCAAGAAGCCAAACAAUUCUCAGAAGGCACCAAUGCACCAACUUUCCGAUCGGGAUACAUACAUGUAGUAGAAGAGAGUCCUGCACCUACACCAGAUCAUCCCACAAUACCUGUCGUCAAACGACGAGCACAAGACGAUCAUUAUGCCCGCCCUGCAAAGAAACAGACAGCCGUCGAUUCAACGGAUGCCGUCGUCGUAUACACCGACGGUGCCACGGCGGGUAAUGGUCGCGCAGGGGCUCGUGCAGGUUAUGGUGUGUAUUGGGGAGAACAGGAUCCACGGAAUGUGAGCGAGCGUUUACCUGGACCUCGACAGACAAAUCAACGUGCCGAAAUUACGGCGGUUAUUUCAGCUCUUGAGCAAGCACAACACGAAAGAAAGCCGCUUCACAUCAAAACCGAUUCGAUGUACGUGAUCAAUGCAGCCACCAGCUGGAGUAAGUCUUGGAUCAAGAACAAUUGGAAAACAUCGACUGGCAAACCCGUGGAGAAUCGAGACUUGUUGGAAAGAUUACUGCAUUUGGUGGAUUCGAGAGCUGGGAAAACAGAGUUCAUCCAUGUACGAGGUCAUUCCGGCCACCACGGCAAUGAAAGGGCAGAUCAACUUGCCGUCGCAGGCGCUUGCCUACCGCCAAAGCGAUAAUGUGGUUCCUAAUCGUUGCAUCAUGCUGUUUAUCACAAAUUCAUCAUUAGUUUACGAUUCAACAUCAAAUUAUUUCUGGUUUACUUCCUGCGCAAUUAUCAAUGCCCUUGUUCAUAAAAAUAGAUCUUUACAGUCACCGUUUAGCACAGAACUGGAUUCUUUUGCCAAUUGACUAUCACCCUUUCCAAUUAUUAAAAUCCAUCAAAUAAAGUAUAUCGCCACACUUGCAUCC